AUGUCCACCUCGUACUCCGUCACAACCUACAUGACAACCACAUACGUAAACUGUGAGGACGUCUCCGGCAGCGACUCCGAAUACUCCGAGUACGAUCUCGUCAAUGAGCAGAUGCAGGACUUCUUGCUUGACUCCGAGGACACAUCCGACGGCGACGCCGACGUGGAGGACAUCCUCGGCUUUGGGGCGGUUUUUAUGGGUGGUUUAAUGCCUACACGGUCGAUGGAUGCUCACCAAGCAUGCGCGUGGCGACGCACCACGAAGCCGAACCGCCGACGGAUAGCGAAGAAGUCGGAAAGCUGCUCGUCGCUCUCUAACGCUGCACGGCUGACAGCGAGCUCAAGCACCACCAUGCUGAGCGACUUGGACACUGUUGUGAGGGAGGCAGUGGUGACCGGUGGGGCCGCGCAGCGGCGCGGCACCCGCAAGCAGCGACGAGCGAUGGCAAGCGGUGAGCGGCGUUGGCUUGUGCCCCCUCUCUCUGCCGUCUCGGUGGAGUCCACAGAUGGUGGAAACGAUGGACGAAGGCAGCUACCGUGGUUCACUGUUGUGUUUGAUCUAGACGAGACGCUGGUCGGGGCCCGCUACGGCCCCAUCCAUCUGCGCCCCCACGUUGGCGAGCUCCUGCGGUCACUUCACCGGCUCCCUGUGGAGAUCAUUGUGUGGACCGCCGGUACGGCGCACUACGUGAAUCCCAUUCUUCAUGCCAUCGGGCAAGCCUGCGGCCGACGGCAGUGGUUCCAUCACAUCAUUAGCCGACACAAGCGCUGGUACCGCGACACCAACGUGAGUGUGAAGGACCUGAGGCAGCUCGGUCGUCCUCUGGACCGCCUUGUUAUGGUGGAGAACAACCCCAUCUCCGCCCUACCGCAGCCCUCGCUGUGCGUGCUGCUCGAAGACUACCUGCAACCAAAUGCCGCAGACGAGUCGCUGUUGGUGCUGAAGGGGUUGUUGGAGCGGCUGGCCCUCCAGUACGAGAGAGCAGCACGCACCUCAUCCGCCACAGGCACUUGUGAGCAAGCGUCCGAAGAGGAGUGCCCUGCGCAGCGGCACACGCGUUCGCCAAGAAAUACGUUACGGGACGCGACAGCAACUCGCACCACUGCUCUUCCGUCGCUAGAGCUGCUCGUCCGAGAUGAUGCUGCACUGCAGCUGGUCGAGUUCCGCAUGGAGGACAUUCUCAAGGAGGACGGUGUCCCGAUGCUUCAGCAGGCCGAGAUGAGGGAGCUGGUUGGGGGGGCCGAUACGUUGCGGUGUCUUUGCCUUUGUUAUACACCCCCGCUGCUGCCGUCAUCCACCGCCGUGGCACCACAGGGCACUGCAGCAUUGAUGUCAUGCGUGUCGAUGGCGAUGCGCAGCUACGGAUCCGUCAAUCCGCUACGGCCCCUGUAA